GUACAAAAUGCAUCGCAUACGUCUUAGUGCUAAAUGUGUUUUAUUAUUUGUUUAAUACUCUAAUUUGUGACUCAGAAAAAUAUCAUAGUUUUGAAGAAAACUGGGACACUCAUAUACAGAUUAAAAGGCAAUGAAGGUAACAAGAAUAUGUCAAAAUGGAGACAAAUCAAUAUUAUUGUCGAAGCGGACCACAGCAGAAUCUAACUUCCUCAACAGUUUCUCAGCAGCCCGUGAAUAAAAUGUGCUAUGAGGGUAAUGUCGGUCAGGAGUAUAUACCAUGUAGCUCGACUCAUGCAGAAUCGACGGGAUUCACCGGGAGGGAAAUGCCUUCAAAAAAUGCAAACAGUAAAUCCCAAGUAGCAACUAGAAGUUUGGGUAGUCCAUAUACGUUUUCUAACUGUCAUAGCAGUAGUCAAUGUAAUAAUUUGAAUAAUGCGGGAAACUAUAUAAAUGUAAUGACUGUGCCAAUGGCCACAUUACAGUACAAUCGAAAGAAGAUAACGUCCCAGGAUUAUCAUUCUCGCCUCUAUUACAACACCACGGAUGUUAAGUGUCGUGAAGACUACUAUCUGGGAAAUAAUGUAAAAUGUAGUAACGAAACUCCGUCUCAGCAGUCAAUGUCACAGUUAACGCCAAAUCAUCAACACGCUCAGCAUCAAUUGCACCUCAAUCAAAAUACUCACAGCCAUCAGCUACUAAGUAAUCAGCAAAGCACUGCAUGCAGUCCAAGCGCAGGGAUUGAAGCCAUCGAUGACGGCAUUGACUGUGCACUGUACUCUAAUGCUACUGGAAAUGGCCGUAUUGUAGCCGCUACUCAAACACAAAUGAAUAAUGCCGAUAUGGCGUCAUGUGAACAAAUGAGCUCCCAAACACCAGCGUCUUUGGUUCCCGUCAAUGUGCCUGUUCCACCUGUAAUGUAUACGGUGCAUCGUGUGGUGACAACAGCUCAAAUUCAGACAGCUGUCGGAAGCACAUUUGCUUCCUCUGCGAGCGUUUCUAGCGUUGUCAGUGCGAGUCGAAAUGAGAGUGACUGCAUGGCAUCAGCACAAGUGACUUCUGCGAUGUCUAUGUCAGCUAACGACACUUGUCACAGUGGUCUGCAUAUUUCAGACCUCGGUAGCAAUGUCGUGACUAAUGGUAAUUCACUCGGGCCACUGACUGGAGUACGAAACUCAUCCGGUAUUCUAACAAGUUACUUACCUACUCAGCAGAAAUGCAGCAUCAACGAUGGUGAAAAAAACCCAAUGAUAUCAAAGCGAACUGUUGGCAUUAAUUCUUCUUCCGCCUACUCAAGCGCUGGGAAAUCAAAUACGGUGACUACCCGCGCUCUUCAGAAUGUCAUUCCGACUUGCGUAUACUUGAUGUCACGAGUCGCUGUGCACAUGGAGAUUGAGGGUACGGCCCAGUGUCCUUCUCAAGUAAUGCUAGCAGCUGCACUUGGAUGCGAAGAGUUGGGAAUUUCUAACAAAUUGCUUGCUCAAAGUAUAUUCGGACUAUGGAUGACAAGUAGUCUAUUGGAAAUGCAAUUGAAGGCGCAUCAUUGUCCUUAUAUAGUUCGAGUAGCUUGGUCUAGCUUGCUGGAAAAAUAUAGCAAUGGCAAUCCGAUCGAACGAAAGUAUGAUGAGCCUAUGAUAGUUCUUAAGCGAAAUGUAUUUUUUUCUAAGCGGGAUGAGGAGAAAAUCAAGGAUCAUCGGAUUUUAGAGUUGCUGUAUGAAGAGGCGAAACAUUGCGUCUUAAAUGGAAGAUAUAUUAUGGAGCCGGUGCAUUCGUUAAUGUUAGGUGGUAUACAAGCUAGAAUCGAGCUGGGACCGUACAACCCCCACACCCACACUGUGGGUUUCUUUAGAGAAAACCAGUCAAGAUUUCUACCAAGACAUGUUGCUAAAAGUUCAAACUGGCUGUGGCUGCCAAUAAGCCCGAAGAAUUCAGCAGAAAUGAAACUUUUAGAACAAUUCAAGCGAGUGCCACAGACUGCCACAACUCGGAAAUUAAUGCGAAAAUAUUUGGAGUUUUGCUGGGCAUUGCCAUUUUAUGGUAAUAAAAAUACAUUUUCUUUUUUAGAGCCUAACCCUAUCCAAAGCACAGGCAAUGGAAUAUUGUGCAAUAAGCUGUCUCGAUUGACUUUGGCCACCUUUGAUGAAGAAGGCCGCUGUAUUGGGCAAAUGGGAUCAUUAUCUAUAAGCUAUUAACAUUUGUUGAUAUUUAUAUAAAUUAAAUUAUUAAACUUAAGUGAAUUUUUAAUUCACAUCUACGUCUACAUAUGUAUGAAUAUUAAAUUUAGAAAUAUAUUUGUAUAUAUAUUUUGUAGAUACUUGUAAAUAGAUCAAAGUUUUAAGAUAUAUGAACUGAAGCGUAACCGGAAAUUUUA